CCCGAUAAUGACAAAUUAAUAAGCCCACCAACAGGAAGAAAAGCCAUUGAAGAUCCUUUUCGAGUAAGUAGUGUAAAUUCACAUGUUUUCAACCACACACACACCGUAUCUCCGGCCUUGUCUACAUGAUUGUUUUAUUCUCUAUGACCUUAGAUUGCACUUCAAAACUUAAGAAACGAAACUAAAAAUGUUCAACGGGAUGUCACGAAAGCAAAAGCUGAACGGGAUGUCGAAAAAGCUGAACGGGAACGGGACGCCGUAAAAGGUGAAUUAGCCAUAAUAAAAGCUGAACGUGAUGUCGAAAAAGCUGAACGGGAACGGGACGCCGUAAGAGGUGAAUUAGCCAUAAUAAAAGCUGAACGGGACGCCGUAAAAGCUGAACGAGAUGCCGUAAAAGCUGAACGAGAUGCCGCAAAAGCUGAACGGGAACGAGACACCGCAAAAGCUGAACGGGAUGUCGAAAAAGCUGAACGAGAACGGGACGCCGUAACAGCUGAAUUAGCCAUAAUAAAAGCUGAACGGGAUGCUGCAAAAGCUGAAUGGGAACGAGACGCCGCAAAAACUGAACGUGAUGUCGAAAAAGCUGAACGGGAACGGGACGCCGUAAAAGGUGAAUUAGCCAUAAUAAAAGCUGAACGGGAUGUCUCAAAAGCUGAAUGGGAACGAGACGCCGCAAAAGCUGAACGGGAUGUCGAAAAAGUUGAGCGGGAACGGGACGCCGUAAAAGGUGAAUUAGCCAUAAUAAAAGCUGAACGGGAUGCCGCAAAAGCUGAACGGGAACGAGACGCCGCAAAAGCUGAACGGGAUGUCGAAAAAGCUGAACGAGAACGGGACGCCGUAAAAGGUGAAUUAGUCACAAUAAAAGCUGAACGGGAUGCCGCAAAAGCUGAACGGGAGCGAGACGCCGCAAAAGCUGAACGGGAUGUCGAAAAAGCUGAACGAGAACGGAAUGCCGUAAAAGCUGAAAGAGACGUCGCACAAGCUGAAAGAGACGCAACAAGAGCUCAGUCUGGUAAUUUGCGUACCUGCAACCACCAACUUCAACACUUAGUAACCACACUUCAAAACCGACAGCAGGAUGAAGAAGCUUUACAUGAUGAUCUUCGACAGAUGGUAAGUUUUUUUUGUUUUGUCCUGUUUGUUUUGUUUUGUUCUGUUUUUGUUGUUCUGUUCCGUUUGUUUUGUUCUUUUUGUUUUGUUUUGUUUUCAGUAAUUAUUUAAAAAAGAUUAUAUCCCACUCCCUGUUUCGUUUGCGAAAUGUAUAAUACGAUGUUCGAAUGCACAUGUUUACCAUUUUCUUUUUUAUAUAUUUACUAUAUUGAGCAUGAAAUUUUAAACUUCUUAGUAUUUUUCUGAUAAUCGACUGAAACGCCCAGUGUACUCAAGGAUAAGUUAACAAACUUGACUUUAUCAUAAUUUGUUUCUUGCUCUUCAAUUACAUCAAAAUACUUUUGACGCUUGUGAUUGGCGUUAACUUGUAGAUUGGAUUUAAAUCCGACAGUAAUAAUAAUUAUAAUAAUAAUAAAUAUGGAAACUUUAUUAAAUGAUUUACUUUUCUAUACAUACAUACAUACAUACAUACAAUUGUAAAUCUCGCUUAUUAAGGUAUAACUUACAAUUGGCUACAUGAAUCACAAUUAAUAACUAAACAAUAAAAAAUAACCAACAAAUACAUGCAGAUUAUAUACAAUAACAUAUUUUAAAAAGCUAAUAACUCGGGAUUUUCCCAUUCCCUAUUUCGGCAGCAGAAGAUGGAAUAGGAAGUUCUAAUAGCAACAAACAUGUAGUGAUCAUUUUCCUAACGCAGUACAUUUUGUACUUAUCAUCAAAAGACAAAACCAACAUCUAACAUCUUUCGCAAAAACACCUAAAGAGCUUAUAGAAAUAUUUACAAAUUUAACAUCAAUAUAAUAAUAUAAUUAUUAACUUCUUUGUAUAAUCGAUUGCAUGGCGAUAAAAUAUAUAAUAGUUUUGUUUGUGGAAACACCACGUAAAUUUAUUACUGCAAAGUUUUCGAUCAGCUUUCUUUGCAGUAAUAAAUUUAUGUGGUGUUUCCACAAACAAAUUAUAAUAUUAUAAUAUAAAUAUAAUUAUUAUAAUAAUUAUAUAUCAUUUUAUUCACUUUUGUUCAUUAUUAGACUGAUGGACUGCUUUUCUAUCGACAACUACCCCAUGGCCAUGCAGCAAAUGUAAGUUUAUUUUUCACAUGCAUGCCUGUUUAUUACGUUGUAACGAUCAUAGCUGACAGAGAAAAGGUUAGUUAGCGAGGUGUCGGUGUUCCUUAUACCACUGAACUAAGCUUGUUACUGAAUGUCGAUGGCAAGGUAUUCUUAGUUGAUGAGUAAGAAUAUCCUCCUGCUCUGACUUAAUGAUGUGCGUGGUAACUCGUGUAAGUAGAGUUGUGGCGGUUCCCUUCUGUGAUUUAAGAGUUUUUCUCCGGGCUUUCCGGUUUUAAUCACCAAAACCCUACCGCCUUAGCUGUGUGCUAUGCGCGAUCAUUCAUGGAUCCGUCAGGCAGAGGCGCCAAAAUACGCCUUCGAUUCGGUCACGUUCAGUGCUGUAAACGUCGCUUGUGUGUUAUAGUUACAUGCAUGCCCAAGAAGAACAAUCUAUUCUAAAACUACACCUGAGUGACAGACGAAUAAAGUUUCUAAACACGACUGGCAUUCAUCUGCAGGGAAUUGUUUGGACUAAUUAGGGAAUUGGGGAACCGGGGGAACUUUGAAUUGGGGCAAACAGGAAGUGGAGCAAAUAGGUAGUGAGGCAAACGGGAGUUCGAGAACUUGGGAGUGGGGAAACGGGGAGUGGAGAAUCAGGGUGUGGGUGAAUUGGACUAAACCACGACAGCGAAGUGGGCGAACCACAUAACCGUAUAGAAUUGGGAAUGGCAGGGCCAGGGAAUGGGGAAUGUUGGAAUAGGAUAAAUUUUUGCUUUUGCUGGCAAACAUAAUGACCAUCGCAUAUAGUGGCAUUCAUUAAUUCUUAAUAACAAAUUAACAUAUUUUAUAUAACAUAUCAGCAAUUCUAGAUUUUUAUUAUAUACUGUAUGCAUGAGAUGGGUGCUAUUUGUUUCUUUUUUAUAAUUUCAGUUAAACAUGUGGUACAGUCCGUUCUGCGUCCGUGGUAUAGUCAGUUCUUAGGUCUUACAUUGGUGCCUCCUGAUAUUUAUAGAAACAGUUUAAUUAGGUUGUGUGUUUUUGCAAAGUUUGAUUGUGCUACUUUGAUAAUUCAUUUUACUGUGGAAACAGGAGUAUAUAGUUUCAGCUAUUUUUGGUAUUCAGAAGGAGUAUAAUUGUGUCUAUUAAUUGGUAGUCCUUUUGCAAGCCGUUUCUCUGUCCUCACUGACCUAUCGAUUAUGAAACUGUCUAUAAAUAUCAAAACUGUUAAAUUGUACAUUCUAAUGCUAAAAUUCUGUAUAAAUAAGCACAAAGCUACAAACAUCUUAAUAAUUACCUUUACCGAUAACUAGAGUUAUACACACAUAUUUCUCUUAAAAAUCUUCAUUAAUAAUAUUAUAAUAAAGAGACAAACAUAUAGUACCCAGCUUCAUAUACUUGAGAUUGUAAUAUUUAAUUAUUAAAUAUGCUGAUUAACUAUUAAGAAUUGAAUGCCAAUAUGCUAUAAUAAUGUGUUUGCCAACAAAGCAAAGUACCAAAAAUGUUAUUUUCUAUUUUUCGAUAUCUUUCCCAGUUCACCAUUUCCUGUUUCCCUUCUUCUUCCAGUUUCUUCAGCUAGCCUAUUCCCACAUUUCCCAUUCCCCAGCCCUGCCAUUCCCCAUUCUAUACGCUUCUACGGUUUUCCCAUUUUUACGUCGUCUUUGACGUCCGCGUCCUCGAUCUAAAUCUGUCUAUUGUAACAGAUAAAGUAACGUAAAAGUUGGUCAGAGAAGUAACUCGUUAUAUAAUUUCAAUUUUCAAUGUAAAAAAAUGCAACUAGCUAUACAGUUACAGUUACCUUUUUUCAAAACGUAACAAUAGUUACCGUUAUAGUUACUUAAAAGUAAUCUAGUUACUUGCAACGAAGUUACUUACAACAUUGGUCACGUUUGAGCUAUGUCCCCUCCCCCUUUAGCUAAAUAUAUUCUUUCCCUUUUACAGGAUAUCAUAGCACUACGUGCUGAAAUUGUCACUGGCAUUCAUGUGCCAGGUGAAGAAAUCAACUUGCAACAUGAAUUGGCGGUGAGUGGGUGUGAACGGAAUUGACUUUCCUUCUCAGAGGCUUUUAACGCGCAACGUAUAUCAUUGUGCAAUGUAUAUAGUUUUUAAAGUGCGUAUAUUCUCAACAAUCGGUUUCACACAAUCGGAAAUACAGAUAAUUCCUAUCGAUUCCGAGUGUCUACCAAUAAGGCAAAAAUCGACCCGAUACCGAUUAUCUGUCAAUCAUUAUCGAUUACGUACAGUGUUUUACACAGGCCACUUUUAACUAGCAUUCGUGGUUUUUAUGUGUAAGUAGAGUUUUUAGAACAACAUGCUUAUUUUGUUUUUUACUUAAUUUAAGGAACAAACGAACAGGUAAUACGCACCUAUCGGAACAACGUCUGAUCGGUUGGCUAUUUAUUGGGUUAAGGUCGUGGAGCUCUGGUUGGUCGGAAAAAAAAUCGUGCAAAGAGGAAAGAAAUGAAAAUUACGUUUAAAUUCCGCGAAGAAAGGUCCAGCACAAACAGACGGCCGAAAAUCCCCUCCAUCCCCCUCCCUCCCCCCAUCACUUUUCUAAUGGUCAGCCCCUUAUGAGAAUGUGAUCUAAUAAUGUAUCAAUUAUAUAAGUAAUUUGCAUCUUUAUUAUUAAAUAAAAGUAUUUCUUGCUUGCA